GUACGCCGCUGUCACAUCGCUGUAGCUGAUCCGAACGCGAACCCGAAGGAAAGUACCCGAAACUCACAGCGAGGACAACCAGCCGCGGCGUCUCCCCAUCGCUUUAUUGUCCCAGCAUGAAGGCCAUCAGUCCCGUCCGCUCGGUGAGGAGCUGCUACAAGGCCGUGUGCUGCAUCUCGGAGCAGAGCCUGGCCAUCGGCCGGAAUAAACACCCGUGCGUGGAUGAGUCUGUGAGCGCGUUGUGCGACAUGAACGACUGCUACUCCAAGCUGAAGGAGCUGGUGUGCAUCCCGCAGAACAAGUCGGUGAGCCAGGUGGAGAUCCUCCAGCACGUCAUCGACUACAUCUUCGACCUACAGAUCGCGCUGGAGGCGGAGGACGCGUCUGCGCCGGAGAUGGUUUUAUCCAUAAAGGCUGCGGAUAUUACUCGCAAUUUCUCCAAAGAAGAAGAACGAUUGUGCCAUUAGGAUGUGGAUGGAACAAUACUGGUGCAGGGAAACACAUGUCUCCACUUCACUCCGGGCAAGAGGACAAGAGGGGCAAAAAAAAGAAAGAAAGAAAGAAAAAGGAAAGGGGGGAUAGGUAUUUGGAAAAGAGGUAGAAGACAGAAGAGGAGGCGGAGGGUUUAAAGACAGAGGAAAGAAGAAAACAUUGAACUGUUUCUGGGAUGAGUGGGGAUCAACAGCAGCAGUGCAUGAGCAAGAAAACAGAGACUCAUUCUUUGGCUCCUGGACAGAUAAAAUCAACACACCAAAGCAGAGGAAUUGGAAACUGAAAGCGAUGUGUAUGUCUUCCCUUCAUAAAUGCAGUUUCUUUUAGAAGAAGUGAAAUAUUUAUCCUUUUCUCUCUUUUUAAAAAAAAACAUUUUUAAUGCAUUCCAAACAUCACUUCCCAUCUGAAAUGAUCUGCACCAAGUCCUCACCCUCCAUCAACCCCCAAAACAGAUUGUUUGUCUGUUCAAGCAUGUGUACAUAUCUGAUGUGGGUUUGUAAGAUG